GCACCGACGCCUUCAUAACCCGCCACGCCAUCUCCUGCGAAUGGUCCCCUCGCCCAACUUACGACGUCCACCUCUCUUCCGCCUUCGCGGCCUCCUCUGCCUCCGCACACGCCGCCUACGCCGCGGCCGGCGGCCCCACCCCGACGUUUCUUGACGCGGCCGCGGCAUCCGCCGCCACCGUCCCCUGCCUCGGCGCGACGGCGUGGCGCGCCGCGACGCUCAACCCCGCACAGCUGACGCUCGGCGUGGUCGCGUUGUGCGAGGCCGAUGAGCGCUUCGCGGCGUACACCCACGCACCCGUGUGCAGCGUUACGCGUGAGAGCGGGGGGUGGGCGGUGCGUGGGCCGCGCGGGUGUAUGUGGGCAAAGAAGGUGGUUUGGGCGACGAACGCGUAUGGCGCGGGGCCGGUGCGGGGGCUCGUGGCGCCGCAGGGCGCCCAAGCGCACAAGAUCCCGCCCGCACCCGCGCCCAACUUUCCCGUCUUCGAAGGCAGCUACUCCCUGCGCCGCUCCGCCGACGUCUUCUAUUCAGUCGCUCCCCGGCCAGACGGCAGCAUCGUGCUCGGCGCCUCGCGCGGCUCGUGGCCCGCACACCUCAUCGCUGCGAACCAAGGAUGCACCGACGACUCGGGGUGGCAUCCCGCCGUCGCGGACGCCGCGUGCCGCUCGUGGGCGGCGCUCUUCCCCUCUGGCGGGUGGAGCGUGGACGCCAACGCCGACGCCGACAACCCGGGCGGCAUGCAGGGCGCCGAAGCGUGGACGGGCAUCAUCGGGUUCACGCGCGACAUGGUGCCCCUCGUCGGCGAGGUCGAGGGGCAGUACGUCGCCGUGGGGUAUUGCGGGCACGGCAUGGCGCGCAUGUUCGUCACUGCGCCCGCGUUGGCGCGGUACAUCCGCACAGGCGAGUGGGACGCCGCGAUGCCUGCGAGUUUCCGUGUCACUCCGCAGCGGCUGGCGCGGCUGCGGCUGUAGAGACUGUAGUCGCUUGCCGCUGUGCAUUCCAUCGGCCACACUGUACUGUGGCUGUCCGCGUCGUCGUGGCUGUGCGCGCUCGACCAAUGAAUCUGAGAGUCGCUAUGCCAUCAGCAUUGCUGAGCUGGCGCACGCCUCGCCCAAGCCCACUGACGAUGGCCAUUCCCGCCACGCUCGCACGCACAGACGGCACGCGCCGCUCGGCAAGCCGCCCAAUCGCGGAAUGGAGGGAUGUGGCUAAACUCGUCCCCGCCGACUCGCGGCGGCGGUGGUGGAGGUGCCUGGCGAUCAGAUCGACAGGGCGGCAGCAGAAGCCAGUGGGAUCUCUGUCCACACGAGCGCAGCGAGAGCAUGAGCGCAUGAGAGCAUGAGAGCAUGAGAGCAUGAGAGCAUGAAGCACACGCGCUAAAACACGGGUAGCAUGCCAAGAGGCUGAGCACUACGCUGCAUACCGCGACUCUCUCACGCUCGGCACCGUCGGCGGCGUGUGCCUUAGCUGGCCGGCGCCAGACGUCCGGCACAUGAGAGAUCGGUGACUCAGGGCUCCGCACGCGAACAGAAGGAGAACUUGGGGAGGUCGCACGAGCACGAGCUCGGCGACGGGUCCAGCACGCCGAGCGCCAGACGGGCGACGGAGACCGACGGAGACCGACGGGGACCGACGGAGACCGACGGGGUAGAUGAGCACGAACGAUCGGCGUCACAUUCGCCAGUUAGUCAGUCACCUGUCGAGGUGGAUGAACGGGCCCGCCCCGGCCAGAUCCGCCUGCACCGGAUGAACAGGAUGAAUACAUCAAACAGAGCCCAAGGGGAAGCGGAACAAGGUGCGCGUGACGCGGUCAGCUGACCGAUGCGCCGAGAGCGGAGAGCGGCGCAUGCCGCU